AUGGAGGACGGGGCCUCGGAUUUCAGCGACUGGGAGGUGCUAUCUGCAUCCUCGGGGGUCGGAGGCGAUGAGGCCGUCCUUGUGUCCGGGGAAGGCGGCGACGUCCUCCCCGACCACUUCGCCCUCGACUCCUCUUCCUCCACUGGCUUCUCCGGCGAGGGCACGUGGUCGGAGGCUGCCUCCGACGACGUGGAAAUUGAAUCCGGGUUAGGAUCAGUGGACAGAUUUGGUUCUGCUAUGCAAGAGCAGACGGAUCUUAUUGGGGUGGUGGAUUCCAGCGCACAGUUGCAAUUUGGCGGGAUUGAUGUGACUGCACAAGCCUCGCGGGCUUUUGGAGCCUCCGUGGCAUGUGGUGGGGGCGCACAUGAGAAGCAAACUGCGGGGUUAAGUUGCGGUGAGUUUGAUUCGAUUCCGCAAGCCGCGCUUCAAGGGUUGGAGGGAAUUUUGGACUCCGAUGCAACUGCCGUCGCCGGUGUAGGACUCCAGAUAGAAAUAUCAGAGAAUUCUAGUUUGCAAUUGGAAGAUGGAGGGGCUGAUGCCAUUUGCGAAAGCUCUGUUCUUCAAGCUGCUGCAACAAGCGAUGCAAUGCAGACUCUGCAGGAAGAGCUGGAGCAAGGGAAGGAUGCUAGUGCCGCUUCUGGCUGUGCUGAACCUGGUGGCGAUGACAAGGAUGGUUCUUCCCCUCUGGUUGCAGCUGCAGCUCCGGUCACCGGUGAUGGAGAGAGGCAAGUGGUUGUAUGGCGGAGGCUGCCGUUCAGGUUCAUCCAUUAUUGUGCUUGGAAAGUGAGUCCGGUUUGGCCGAUUUCCAUCGCUGCAGCGUUGCUGGGGAUAGUUGUGCUCGGGAGGAGGAUGUAUAGGAUGAGGCGCAAGACCCAGGGCCUUCCCCAGAUUAAGAUCGCAUUUGAUGAUAAGAGGGCCUCCCAGUUUGCAGACCACGCAGCACGUCUCAACGAGGCCUUCUUGAUCGCAAAACGUGUACCCGCUCUGAGAACUUUGCCUGGUGUUGCACUCCCCUGGUCAAUGAUGCAAGAGAGAUGA